AUGUUCGUAAAUCGUUGACUAUUUUCAACCAACCACAAAGAUAUCGGAACCCUAUACCUACUAUUUGGUGCAUGAGCAGGAAUAGUAGGCACAGCACUAAGCAUUCUAAUUCGAGCUGAACUAGGUCAACCAGGUGCACUCCUAGGCGAUGACCAAAUUUACAAUGUUAUUGUUACUGCCCACGCAUUCGUUAUAAUUUUCUUUAUAGUUAUACCAAUAAUAAUUGGAGGCUUCGGAAACUGACUCGUACCAUUAAUAAUUGGAGCCCCUGACAUAGCAUUCCCACGAAUAAACAACAUAAGCUUUUGACUCCUACCCCCAUCAUUUCUCCUAUUACUAGCAUCCUCUAUAGUAGAAGCAGGUGCUGGAACAGGAUGAACAGUCUACCCUCCACUAGCUGGUAACUUAGCCCACGCUGGAGCAUCAGUCGACCUAACCAUUUUUUCUCUACAUCUAGCUGGCGUUUCAUCUAUUCUAGGUGCAAUUAACUUCAUCACAACUAUUAUUAACAUAAAACCCCCAGCUAUAACCCAAUAUCAAACUCCAUUAUUUGUAUGAUCUGUACUUAUCACAGCUGUACUCUUACUCCUUUCACUACCAGUACUAGCUGCAGGAAUCACAAUACUACUAACAGACCGAAACUUAAACACAACUUUCUUUGACCCUGCUGGAGGAGGAGACCCUAUUCUUUAUCAACACCUAUUCUGAUUUUUUGGUCACCCAGAAGUCUACAUUUUAAUCCUCCCAGGAUUCGGUAUUAUCUCUCACGUAGUCACAUACUACUCAGGAAAAAAAGAACCAUUCGGAUAUAUAGGCAUGGUAUGAGCUAUAAUAUCUAUUGGAUUCCUAGGAUUUAUUGUUUGAGCCCACCACAUAUUCACAGUUGGCCUAGACGUCGACACACGAGCUUACUUUACAUCUGCCACUAUAAUCAUUGCCAUUCCAACUGGCGUAAAAGUAUUCAGCUGAUUAGCAACACUACACGGAGGCAAUAUCAAAUGAUCCCCAGCUAUACUAUGAGCUUUAGGAUUUAUUUUCCUGUUUACAGUUGGUGGCCUAACAGGAAUUGUCUUAUCAAACUCCUCACUUGACAUUGUCCUUCAUGACACAUACUAUGUAGUAGCCCACUUUCACUACGUCCUAUCUAUAGGAGCUGUAUUUGCCAUUAUAGCAGGAUUUGUUCACUGAUUCCCACUAUUUUCAGGCUAUACCCUAGAUGACACAUGAGCCAAAGCCCACUUCGCAAUUAUAUUUGUUGGAGUAAACAUAACAUUCUUCCCCCAACAUUUCUUAGGACUUUCAGGCAUACCUCGACGAUAUUCAGACUACCCAGACGCUUACACUACAUGAAACACAGUAUCCUCGAUAGGAUCAUUUAUUUCACUCACAGCCGUUAUCGUAAUAAUUUUCAUAAUCUGAGAAGCUUUUGCCUCAAAACGAGAAGUUAUAUCAGUAACAUACUCUUCAACCAACCUAGAAUGACUUCACGGCUGCCCACCCCCAUACCACACAUUUGAAGAACCCUCCUAUGUAAAAGUAAAAUAA